AUGAGUAACGAAUCACGUGAGCAAAUAUUAUCUGAUUUUCAAGAUUGUACGGGUUUAGAAAAUGUAGAAGAAUGUAUUGCUAUUCUACAACAACAUGAAUGGAGUUUAAUGGAUGCUAUUCAAGCAGUACAUGAAGGAAUUGGAGGUAUAAAUGAUAAUGAAUCAACAGUACCAGUUCAACAUACAACGAAUUAUAGUACGUCAUCGAUAGUAAACAAUACAACGAAUCAAAAUAUUAGUAAUAAUAAACGUCAAUCAGAUUCAAAUGAAUUUGAUGAUACAGAUCAACCAAGAAUUAUUAAAACUAUACCUGGAAAUCAGAGAAUAGCAAUAGGAACACAUCCUACAGCAGAAAAUACAUCAGUUGGUGAUUUACAUUUCACAAUUAACUUUCAUGAUCAAACAGAAAAACUAACCAUAUCGGAUAAUCAAACAGUCCAUGAAUUACGUGUAAAAAUAUCUGAAAAAUUUUCUGUUCCACCUCAUAAACAAAAUUUUCUUAAUUGGACAAUGAAAAGUUAUGAUGAUCGAACGAAAUUAAAAGAUCUUCAUUUAUCAUUAGAAAAUAUAAUUCAUCUUUCAUCUAUAGAAAAUGGAUCUACCGAUUUUAGUCAAAUUUUUAAACAUACAACUUCAUCAUCUCAAGGUUCAAGUGAAUUUCCAUUAACGGUGCUAUGUGAAGAUAAAUCAGGCCAAAUGAUACCAUAUAAACUUGUUUUGAAAUCGAAUACAACUAUAAAUGAAAUUAAAAAGCAGAUUGAAACUUUAGCUCAUAUACCAAUAAAACAGCAAACUUGGCAAGGUUUAUUAGGUGCAAAUGAUACGGAUGAAUUACAUCAAACAGCAAUUACACCUCAGGGACGAUUAAUUGUUCAUCAUUCAGAUACAUCAUUGAAUCAACAGAUACCCACAAUAAGACGAGAUAUAAAACAAGUAAUAAUAAGUACAGAUCCAAAUGAAGAUGAAGAAAUGGAUAUUGAGCAUGAUAAUGGUUUAGAAACAAUCGAAGAUGAUGAUAUUACUAUUUUAUCACAUAAUAAUUCUGCAACAACAAUAUCUACAGAAGGAAUUUCAGGUCGAACACCACUUAUUCCUGAUGAUUGUACAGAUGAUACAGCUGCUCUUGAACAUUUCGCACAUAUUUUUCAUACACGUUAUGGUUCAACUGGUCCAAUUCUUUAUAUUGGUUCAUUAGAUCAAGCAAUACAAGAUUCACUCUAUUCAUCUAUACAUACUAGACGUCCAUUAGCUAUUUAUCUUCAUAAUGAUCAAUCUGUUUGUGCAAAUGUAUUUUGUUCUCAAGUGUUAACUACAGAUUCUAUUAUUGAAUAUUUAGCAAAUAAUUAUGUUCUUUGGGCAUGGGAUGUUACAUCUGAUGCAAAUCGAACAAAAUUAUUUGGAGCACUUCGACGAUGUGUUGGUAAUCAAUGUACACAACGUGUAGGUUCAAUGGAAAAUGAUGGAUUUCCAUUAUUACUUAUUGUUAUACGUUCUCGUGGUUCAUUAGAAUUAAUCAAUAUAAUCGAAGGUAAAAGUACUCCAACUGAAGUUUUACUGAAUCUUAUUCAAUCACAUGAAUCAUUUGAACAACAACGAUUACGUGAUGUUGAUGAAGAAGAAAUGAGAGAAAAACGUGAAAAUCUUAAACGACAACAAGAAGAUGAAUAUGAACAAUCACUUCAAGCAGAUUUAGCUAAAGAACGAGCACGACAAGAAGAACAAGAUGCUAAUGAACGAUUAAUACAACAACGAUUACAACAACAACAAGAAUCUAAAGCUCGUUUACCUGAUGAACCAGAUGAAACGGAAAAAAAUAUUACUCGAUUAAAAAUUCGUUUACCUGACGAUGGUGGUGUACUUCUAAGACGUUUUCGUAUUCAUGAUAAUCUUCAAGUAUUAUUUGAUUAUCUUUCAAGUGAAGGACGUAUGUUUGGUGAAUACAAAAUUUUAACUACUUAUCCAAAACGAGAUUUAACAACAUUGAAUCCUACAGAAACAUUUGAACAGUUAAAAUUAUAUCCACAAGAACAACUUAUUCUUGAAUCUUUGUAA